CGGCCCUAUAGGCUAGAUGGAACGAAUCCAAAUUGCUUUGUAUGGUAUCAAAUACAACAUGUAACACAAGGUCUGUCAUCAUUUUGGCUUGCUGCUUCAAGGAGACUUUGAUGACAAUGGAUUUUACAGUCCUUCUUAAUGUUCAUGCCUAUAAACACUGCGAAUUCAACAAAGUUAAAACCUUUUUUAAGAAGGUUUUGCGUAAUACUGGUUAUGUAGUGGACGAUGGUUAUUUUUCAUCCAGUUCUUUUCCAGUUCAAAUAGAUAAUGUCAAUAUUAGAGUAGAAGUUCGGCGUGAUAUUGACCUCCUCUUUCAGCCAUUUGUCUGUUUUUAUGAUCAUCAGCAAAUUUCCAAAACGUUGAUUCUUGAAGAACUCAAUCAAAAACGACUGAGAAACAGGUGCAAGUUUGAUGAUACUCCACUACUGUUCGUUGGAAUCAAAGAUGAAGACCAGAGUAAUGAAAUCAACUCAGAAUCACAGUUGCAGAAACCAAGUGUGACGUUUUUUGAAUGGUGUGUAAAUGCAAGUGAGCAAGUCACUAGAACGAUAUUUCAGGAAAUCGUACGCAUGGCAGUGAUAAAAACAUUCUCUCACACAGUUUAUCACCUACUCGAAUACAGCUGCUUCUUCCAAGACCAAGAUCAACAAAAGUUUUUUGAAACUCAAGUAACAGCAAGUUGGCAACUUGAUUGGGAAUCAUUCUUGUCAGUCACUAUUUUACGAUAUUUAGACUUGAUCAGGGUAGCUAUCUCCUACAGCGCAUUGGAUUUUCAAUUUGAAUUUAAAUGUGGUGUCGUCAAUGUCCUUUACAUCGGUGGCAGUGCCUUAUGGAAUUCUUCUCAGUGGUUCCAUUUGAAAAAACUAUGUUGUUCCAUUUUGAAUGAUCUUUACCCAAUUCAUACUUACCAACUACCAUUUUCAUCACCGAGUCAUCCAGUUUCCAUCUUACUUAGUAAUAGAGAAUCGUACUCAAUCAAUGAGACUUUAAAAAUCCAAGAAAUGGACACCUUUGUCAGAAGUUUAGUCGUGCGGUCGUGCAGUGGGACCUUAAGUUUGUCAGAAUUACUAUUACAGUUGAAGUCGUUACGUCACUUAGUAAUUGAAGAUACCGCUACUAAUGUCAAAAACCUGACUUUUCCUACUCAAUUUUGUGAAACGCUGAAACAUUUAGUCCUGGUUAGUUGCAAACUAACUGAAGUUCCUCAAGCUGUGGGCAGUCUUAUUCGAUUAACCGUUCUCAAUAUUUCUAAGAAUGGCAUUAAAACUCUUCCUAAGAGCCUUGGAAACCUCGGGGAACUUCGUAUAUUUUUGUAUGAGCUUUGCCCUCUUGAAUUCCCACCAAAGAAUGUUCUCAAGAGAUCAACUCAAGAUGUCAUUAAUUAUCUUAAAGCUGUAUCAUGCGUUACAAAGCACAACGCUCUUCAGUACGAUGGCGAGUCAGUUUCUCACAAUGAAUCAAAGCUUAUUGUAGCUGGGCAAGAAGGCGUCGGGAAAAGUACUCUCCUCAAAGGAAUGAAGCGCAAUAUCUGGGCAACUAAUGUUAAGCCACCAGGUAAAACUGAUGGAGUUGAAAUCCAAACUCUUCAGCUUGAAGAAACUCGAUUUCUUGUUUACGACUUGGCCGGAGAUGUGGAGUACCUUAACACUCAUCCCUUAUUCAUGUCAUCGGAAUGCCUCCAUUUGGUUGUUUUUGAUCUGAGCCAAAUCUUUGUGGGUAAAGGAGCUCGCUCGGUUGACCAGCUCUGCAGGCUAGAGCUAUGGCUUCAGAUGAUUGCUUCACAACACCCCAAGUCGUAUGUCAUAAUCGUCGGCACACAUGCAGAUCAUGAAAGAGUCACCAAGCAAGUACUUUCAAUCGUUCGAAAGCAGAUUCUUGAGUUGUUGGAAAAUCAUCGAACUCCCCACAAGGAAUACUUCGACAAAUGUAUUCUUUGUAAUGUCACGUUGAUGCCACAAGAACUUCAAGAAAUGCAAGCCAGUAGUAUACUGGACGACGUUGAAGCUUCCAAAAGUUGUAUCCCUCAUAUCCUUGGAUACUUUGAGGUCAGCAGUGUUACCAAAUAUCCUCCUGCCAUGCUGAGUCUGACCAAUAAGAAUCUCGAAUCUUUGAAAUCAGCAAUUGUGUCGUCAAAUCAUUUGAUAGCAAACACAGAAUUUGGAAUUCCAAAGACAUGGAUAUCAUUCUACCAAAAGGUGCUAGAGAAGAAAAUGAUGCCAACAGCGGUCGUCUCAGAAAUUUUCAUCGUGGCUGAAGAAAGUGAGGUUCAUUCUGACAUGGUAGCGUCCAUGCUAAGGUUUUUUCAUUCUCAAGGAAACUUUCUUUGGUAUGAAGAUAUUCCAGAAAUGAGAGAUGUGAUUAUCACUGAUCCGCAGUGGUUGUCCGACCAACUACGGACCCUCAUCUCCUAUCGGCCUUCUGUAAAUGCUGUCUGUGAUGGAAUCCUCUACAAACCAUCUCUGUCUUCAGUCUGGCCUGAAAUGAUAGAGGAAAAUCGUCAGAGACUUCUAGCCCUUUUCAGAAAUGUUGGCUUGUGUUUCACAAUUUCUGAAGACAAGGAGAUGUUUCCUUGCAAUUUACCAAUCGGUUGGCCAGAUCGUCACAAGUGGCCUCCGCUUCCGAAUAAAGAUGAGUGCCAAACGAGUCUCCUGGUCACUUUUACAUUCCUUCCUCCAGCUUUCUUUUCAAAGCUGAUUGUUGAGGUGAACAAGAAGCGGUCUUCAUUUCCAAGCAACGUGGAGCCAGUCUACUUUCGUUUUCAUGUUCUGUAUGUCACAAACAAUCAUAAUAAAUGCGACAUUCACAACCACGAGUCCAAAGAAGAUGGGGAAUUCAACACCACUUAUCAUAAAGUUCACUACGAGAUAAUGCCCCAUAAUAAUACCAUAAAAGUCUCCAUUCGAGGGCCUUCUCCUUGUUGUAUGGUCUCUGGCGUUUGCUCCAGCAUUGAGGAAGUACAGUCAUGUCAUUACCCAGGAGUAACUUUUGAGACACUCUUAAUUUGUCCAUUAUGUGAGAUUAACAAGGUAGAUGGCCCUGCGGUAUUCUCACUGACGUCAGCAAAGCAUGAAAGAAUAUGCUCGAGAGCUUGGCAUGAUGUCGGCAACAUCAAUGACAUUCUUCAAGGAAAAUACAGUAGUCCAGAAACGGAGGAGACAAGAAAAGCUGUUGGUGAUACUCUGGAAGACUAUCACUGCCCCAAACUGUUCGUGGUUCUUCCCAUCAACAUCAAAUGUUCGUCCUUGAAGAAUCGCAUUGUCUAUUCCUAUCUCAAAGAUGGCUAUGCUGUGCAUCUACUGUGUGAAUGUCCAGAUCAGUGGCACUUUGUCGACUCUCCUGGUUUCCGUAUCGCUAAGCCCAAAGAGUUCUUGGAGAAGUAUGGCAAACACUUGUGUACUGUAAUGAAAGUGAUUAGCAAACUCGGCAUACCGCUUCGUGCUGCCGCGGCUGCUGAACCCCUCUGCAAAACUGGAGCAGCAGUUGCAUCGGGUGCUUCGUCGAUUGCUAAAGAACUUGAAGGUUUUCUCCAGAACGUUUUUGAGAAAUAUCCACGGMUGAAGUCGGCUUCUUAUCGAGAUCUCGGAGACCUUAAGAUGCCUUCAGGUCUUCAACGAAGUGAGCUUGCUAGGUUCUUGGAAACUGUUGUAAAGGGACGAGAAUUUGGUCCUUUGGUGUUCACGUACGUCGACAAGUGCGGUGAGUGGUUGUGGCUUUGUGAAGAGCACAAUAGACGAUUUGCCAUUAUCAACAAAUAACAGCUAAAGAAUGAUAAAGCCAAACAACAGAUCGAUCAGCCGAUAAAUAAUAAAUAUAUAAUGGAGAAGCAACCAAAAAACAGUUCGUUAUCAACAAAUCAAGCAUAAUUACAUGGGCUUCCUGUGGAAGACCAUGUCUUAAAAUGCUGCUGGUUUUUGGUGUUGUUGUGAUUUUCCUGCUUCAAAGUGGUAGCGCCCGCGAUUUCGACAGUCUGCAGUCUUCGUUUCAAAAGCGAUCGGCCUCGUGGUAAAAACUACGUAGCUUCGACGACCUUGAAGGUUAAAAGGAGUUGACAAUGAAGGAAAUCAAAAUAAAAGAUGCUCAGCGUAGUU